AAAAAAAGCCUCCUUUCCCUCUUCUCUCUCCCCUGCGAGUUACUUUGUCCCAUUCAUCCAGCUACUGACUGCCAUCUCCACCUAAAUGCGAGACCUUUACCUUCUCUUCUCUACCACUUACUCUCCACUAACAUUAUCUGUUAUUUGGACCCAUUUCACGGUUAAUCAGUACAUUUCAUUAAUUCUUCCAACACCGCAAGACCGAGUGGUUUUGGACCUUUGAUUUUCCAUCUAUGUAGAUCUGAAACAUUUGGGAUCUUGAAAAGGACGCGUUUUGAUUUCUUUGUUCUGAUGUUUUUGAGUCGAAGCUUGAGCAUUUCUUUUUGAGACUUCCGGUGGCAUUGUUUGUUUGUUGGGUAAAUGGGAUCCAGUGGUAGUAAAGCCGUUGCUUCUUGCAAUUCAUCGUCGAAGUCGUCGUCUUCGGGCAGCUUUCGUAAGCGUCGAUCGAGGGGGCAUAAAAGUUUUCAGUCGUAUUGUUUAGGAACAACAUCUGGAUCUCAUGACAGUGACAAUGACGACCAGGUGUGUGAUCAGAAUAAAGAAAACGAUAGUAAUGUUACAUACUCCAAUGGGGAUGAAACAGAUGCAGAUGAGGUGAUAUCAGAGUCUUUCAGAAAGAUUAAAUCUGAUAAAAUGCGAUGUAUCUCUCCUAAUGUCCACCUUGAUGAGUGGAGUCAAACAAGCAUUUCUAACACUGCAUCUAGAGCUGGUAGCAGUUCUGAUCAUCCAGCUUCAACUCAGUCUUUGAACCCUUCAAGUCGACUCCUUUCUCGGUUUAGCCUUAUUCCUGGCAACGUAAGCUUCAGACUAAGCAGAACCACAAGUUUGGGGUCAUCACGGCCUUGCCCUGUUUCUUCUGCAGGUCUCUCAAUGUUUAACAAUGAAGAUGACCUUAAUCCACAGCCUGGACCAACUUGUAGCUUUGCUAAUCAAAAUGAAGCUCUACAAUGCAGUGACUUGCUUCCUGCAUCACAUUGCUAUGAAGACACUCCUAUUAAUUUAAGGUCUAACAACCCUUCAUCAGAUUCCUAUGGCACCUUGCAGAGCAAUUCAACAAAUUCUUCUAUGCAGAGUAUGAGUAGAGAUGAAGAUGGUGCAAGAGAAGCGUUAAAUCUUAACUUAUUUUCUCCAAGAAUUCAUGCCAGAACUGAAAAUGUUGAGAUGAGACAUAACGAUCGCCGAAGUGGAGCUCGAGAACCUGUUGAACGGAAUGUUCGCUUUAGUCGUACUCUGAGUGUUGGAAGGCUUCGUGAUAGGGUCCUUCGUAGAUCAACAAUAUCAGACUUCACUUUUUGCCCACUGCAACAAGAAAGGGAUGCAACAGAUGCUGGUCAAGAUAUUGGAAGACAAGCAGGGGAGAGAGAGUCAAGAGUGCUCCCAUCUGAUAGUGACUCUACAAGUUCCCCCUCUACAUCUGGAUAUCCUCCAUCCAACAUGUCUAGCUCCUUGUUUGGGAUCCAAGACUAUGAGAUCGAGUCUUCACGAUCAAGAGAACCUAGGUAUCGUGAUCUGCUGGAAAACAGAUCCAAUUUCCUGGAACGGAGAAGAAGAAUACGGUCCCAGGUCCGUGCUCUUCAACGAUUGGGCAGCCGAUUUGAAAACCUGUCUGGGCAUGACAGGUCAUGUAUUUUAUCCGGCCAACAUAGAAAUGGUCGUUGUACAUGCCGUAGUAGUGGUCGUGAUGCCAAUUCAAAUGAUGAUACUGGGGCUAGAGCUAGCAUAUCAAGAAUUGUUAUGCUUGCUGAAGCCUUAUUUGAGGUUCUGGAUGAAAUUCACCAGCAAUCAGUGGUUUUAUCUUCCCGCCCUUCUGUUUCUUCUAUUGGAUCUGUUCCUGCACCUUAUGAAGUUGUAGAAUCCUUGCCUGUCAAAUUAUACACAAAGUUGCAUAAACAUCAAGAGGAUGCUGCUCAAUGCUAUAUAUGCCUUGUGGAAUAUGAGGAUGGAGACAACAUGCGAGUACUACCUUGUCAUCAUGAAUUUCAUUUAACAUGCAUAGACAAGUGGCUAAAGGAGAUUCACAGGGUAUGCCCAUUGUGCCGUGGGGACAUCUGCAUUGCUGAUUCGAUACCUACCGAGAACUGAAGUGAAGUGGGCAGUUUUCAUAAACCAGGGCUCCUGGAAAAGUUGCUAAAUUCUGCCCACUGUGACCAGGCUUUAUAUAAGUUCAGUCAUAUAUGCGGGUAUUGUCAUUGUGCCAAUGACUAUUUUACUAAAUAAUCUGAACUGCUCUCUGGCUCUGCCAAACUUCAUUUUGUGCAAGUCAGAGCACUUUUUUUUUUUUUUUAGCUUGAGGAAUAUUGUAAAUAUGUUUCAGGCUAGUUCUUCAAGUUGUAUCAUUUUUUCGGCUUUUGAAUAUGUCGAGGAUGCUUGUGUUAAUGUGGAAGAGUUACGACUUGCUUUGAUCGUUGAUCAGUUGUU